GGCAGCGGCAGCUAUGAGUGCAGGCAGAUGGACUGCAGGACCAUGACGUCUAACAGGAAUCGGAAGGCUUCUCUGUGCCAGCAGAAGAGCCUGGACACUUACUUUCCAGACGGUUGCCCGAAAAAGGGUCUGCGGUGGAGACGGGGGUCUUUAAAUCGUGGGAAACAGUGUAGAGGUGAAGAAGACCCCACGGGGACGCUGACACGGGGACGGAAUCAGUUGAACCGCUCGUAUUCCAGCUCUCUGGUGGACUACACAGACCCCCAGAGAACGACGGUUGUGCUGGAAAAACAAGAUAAUGAAGCUUUUGGUUUUGAAGUUCAGACGUACGGGCUGCAGUCCGGACAGAGCAGCGAGCUGGAGAUGUGCACCUUCGUUUGCAGCGUUCAGGAGGGCAGCGCAGCCGAGACAGCGGGCCUGACCACCGGUGAUAUCAUCCUGACAGUGAAUGGCAUCAGCAUUAAAGAAUUCAACCAUCAGCGCAUCGUCGAGCUGAUCAGAAAGUCCAUCAACAUGUUAAAGAUAGAGACGGUCAGCGGCAGCGUGGUCAAGAGAAUCGAACUGGAGAAGAAACUGCGCUUACUCAAGCAAACACUGCACGAGAAAUGGGUGGAACUGCAGGCGCUCACCCUGCAGGAAAAGCGUCUUACUCGAGGAAACCUAAACGUCAGCUCCGAGCAUCCUUCGAUAGACUCCCUUAUGUCCCUCAUGUCCCCCACCGGUCGGUGUGGUCAGCGCUUCUCCAGCGACAGCAGCUGUCUGAGUAUGGUGACGGACGACGGCGAAGACGCCGCCUUCCAUUCUUCAGUGUUCGAUGACUUCGGUUCAUGCAGCCCCACCAGACCGGACUUCCUGAGCCUGUUCCAGCAGGACGGGCCCCCGGCGAGGCCGACCCUGUCCCGAACCCGCAGCAUCAGCAGCAGCAGCAGCAGCUGCCAGUCCCCGACGUACGACAACGGCCGAGCCUUGACGUCCAGCUCACUGUUCGGGACGCUGCCACGGAGAGGAAGGAAGACGAGCAUGAGGAAAAACCUGCUGAAGUAUUUACCCGGCCUGAACCACUCGGUCGAGGAGGAGGCCAACUGAGACCACGGUACAGGAGUGAUGAAUGUGUAAAAAGUGGACUGAUGUUCCAGAGACUUUGAGACGUUAUGACGUUUUAUGUAUAUUUCAUGCAUUUUAGAAUGGCUGGUUUACUGGUACCAGUGGUGUAGAACUGACCCCUCAAUGGCUUGAGUCUAACAGAUCGAGUCACACAUUAGCAUUACACACUUCUGCAUCUCACUGUCAAAAAAAAAAAAGUGAUGAGAAGACAGAGCAGGGUGCAGAAUAAGGCGUGGUCACACACUUGCACACUGCUGCGAGUGAAACUAAAGAUCUGAGUGUCUUAAUGCUUAUUCUUUUCUGUUUGAUAAACAGUUUUACACUUUCAGGCUGCAUGACAGGAAAAGUACAGGGGUUUCUCCAAACGGUACUGAGUGGAAUGAAAAUCUUAAUGCUCUUUAAGGAAUAAAGCAGCUAUCUGUGGGUA